AAUGGAGCAGAGGGGGCAGGUACGGGAGUUAGAGCCACUCCUCCGGCAGGGCCACGGUGCGCCCCUGUUCCAAUGGAAACAGGUAGGAUUCCCCGCACUCGCCAAUCAAACUCGCCCUACGCGGCGAAGCAGGGUGGAGAGUGCACGAGUCCACAACCGGAGGCAGGACGCAGCCAACUUCCACAGAGAGCACAGGAAAAGUCGGGAAAACACAUCUGCCCCCCGCAUGACGCCGUCUGGCUUGGCCUGCAUGCGUCUUCGGCGCGUUCCCUGCAGCUCACCGGAGCGCUGCUGAAGUUCUCCCCGCCGCUCGGGCUGCUCUUCAGGCGGCGUCUGAGCGUCGCUGCGCUCGGGACGCCUCGCUGCUAUGGAGAACACCCACUGACCGCGUUCUCGGAUUGUUUGCCUUGGAUGUUGCCCUUCUCCAGACGACCUGGCUUAUAUCCCGUUGGCGUUUCUUUACCGUGUGGAUACAUAAACAGCUGGAGGGGAGCAAAAUGCCGGGGAAAACCAAGUACAACCUUGUUGAUGACGGACACGACUUGAGGAUCCCGUUGCACAACGAGGAAGCAUUCCAGCAUGGGAUCAACUUCGAGGCAAAGUAUAUCGGCAGUCUGGAUGUGGCGCGGCCGAGCAGCAGGGUGGAGAUUGUGGCUGCGAUGAGACGGAUCCGGUAUGAGUUCAAGGUGAAAAACAUCAAGAAGAAGAAAGUUAACGUUGUGGUGUCUACAGAUGGCGUCAAGGUUACUUUGAGGAAAAAGAAAAAAAAGAAAGAGUGGACCUGGGAUGAGAGCAAGAUGAUUGUAAUGCAGGAUCCGAUUUACAGGAUAUUCUACGUUUCACAUGACUCGCAGGAUUUGAAGAUCUUCAGCUACAUAGCCAGAGACGGACAGAGCAAUGUUUUCCGCUGCAACGUCUUCAAGUCCAAGAAGAAGAGCCAGGCCAUGCGUAUUGUCCGGACAGUUGGCCAAGCGUUCGAGGUUUGUCAUAAACUGAGUCUGCAACACACACAGCAAAAUGCAGACGGAAAGGCGGACUGCAACGGCGAGAAGAGUGGCGACGAUUCUUCUGGCGUGCGUGCUUAUCCACCUGUAUGUGUGUGUACUUUCCUCGGCCCAGCCCGGGAGCUAACGGGUGCGGAGCAGACGCCGGCGAGCGUCGCCGAGGAGACGGACAUUGAUGCCGAAGACGUGGUCCAGGUGCCAACGGCAGAGGACCUAAACCUCAACAGGGGAGUGACGGAUCUUGACGCCACCGCCAAGACGCCAGACCAAAACCAAUCGGAGAAUAAGGCUUUGGAGGAGCCUUCUCUUCUGAUGUCCAGUCCCAGGAUGCUGCUUCCUGCGUCGGGCGCGCUGCCUCCCGGGGCCCCAUUGUCUGUGCACCACCAGAUCCAGCUGCUCCAGCAGCAGCUCCAGCAGCAACAACAGCAGACUCAGGUGGCUGUAGCACAGGUGCAUCUCCUGAAGGACCAGCUGAACGCCGAGGCCACUGCUCGGCUGGAGGCCCAGGCUCGAGUCCAUCAACUGCUGCUCCAGAACAAAGACCUGUUGCAGCACAUCUCCCUGCUGGUUAAGCAGAUCCAGGAGCUAGAAACCAAGAUGGUUGGACCAAAUUCCAUGGGCUCCCAGGACAGUUUGUUGGAGAUCACUUUCCGAUCCACGAUACCUCCAGUGAUUUGCGACGCCACCACACCCAAGUCCGAGGUGUCAGACGUCAACAUCUCUGCACUCGGCCCUGGUGACGGAACCAGCAAUGUCUUUUCCUCUACCAACGGGACUCUGGGAAGCCCACUAGUUGAUCAGAGUUUGUUUGAGAACUCCAUUGCCCAGAAGCAGAGCCCUCAGACCUCCAGAGCAGGCCAACACUCCACCCGACGCUCGUCAGCCUCGGCUAAUUCACACUCUGGCUCCACCUUCACCGACUCUCCAUCCUCUGGAGGACAGCAACGGCUGAAAAACCUCGGCAAGGCGGUCGGGGCAAAGGUCAACGACCUGCUGAGAAGAAAGGAGCCCAGUCACCUUGGGGACAUCGGGGUCACUGAGGUCAAUAAGAACGUCGGUGCUGUUUGGAGCUGCAUGGACCAGCUUGGCCACAAUUCUGCCAGCAGCCACACGUUCGACGCCUUCCCUCGCCUCGACCCGCCUCCGCCAACGGGAAAGAAACGCGUCCCCCGAGCUCUGAAGACGACCCAGGACAUGAUGAUCUCCUCUGACCCCGUGGUUUCCUCGCCGGAGCCGGCAGCCUCUCCCUCCUUCCUCCCCUCCCCUGAAAAAGCCUCUCCGGGCCCCAGCGAGGCGGGGAGGAGCGAGGAAGCAGACAGGGAGGAGCCCGAGGAGAGGUCAACAGAAGUCCCAGUCGCGCCCAGUCCGGCGGAGAACAAAGCCGAUUCGGAGACGGAGGGGACCGUGUCCGCGGCUGAUGGAGUCGUGGGUGGGGAGGAGGAAAAGGGGAGCCCAGGAGGAGCGGAGGAGGAACCCGGGCACCAGCUUCAGCUGUCCGUGCCAGACCUCAUCAACAAAGAUCCUCCCGCAGAUUUCCGAGCCAAACCCUGCGACGUCUGGCAGAGGGCGUCCUCGCCGGACUCCCGGAUCGCCUCCUCGCCUAUCUCGGGCAAGGCGCCCUGCCGCAUCAGCCUGGGAGAGGAGGUCCUGCUAGGAAACGGCGCCCCCUGCAGUAAAGACUCAGGAGGGAGCGCUGAGGACGGCGAGCCUCAUCCGGACCUGCUGUCCUUCGAGUAACGCAAAGUUUUUAACGAAUCAAAUACUUCACCGCCACCUUUAAAUUUAUCGCCCACCCUGCUGUACUUUAGAAAAAAAAGGGAAUAGACUAUUUUACCUUUGUAACUUUAUAUCAGCUUUUUUAGACAGUUUUAUUGCUGGUUUGAGGUCAGUCAUGAAGCAUAUAUUUAAUGCAUAGAAGAAGGAAACUGCCAGCCACUUCGCCAAUAUAUCUGGCACACGAUGCAGAAUUAGCAAACAGAAAAAAACAAGGGCCUUUAUUUUAGUUCAGUUGAAGUUUUAACAAAAAUAAUCAAACUUUUAAAAAAAAAAAAAAACAAUCCAUAUUCACUUUGUAUUUUUCUACCUUUGGCUGUUAAGAGUUUUAAACGUUUCCUGUCUGCUUUAAUAAUGUAUUGACAACCAGAUUAUGUAUUAAUGAAUGUAUUUACUGCAGUGGCGUUGCAUUUAAAUGGGUCAAAAAUUUACAGAAAAGAACAAAAUUUUAAAAUCCUUGUAAGUUUUGCUGGUAAAUUUUUGAUGCAUUUAAAUGUUUUGUUUUUUUGUAUGUAUGUUGUUAAGCUGCUGCAUUGAAGCCAGUUAUAAACUGCAAAAUAUCAUUUUACAUUCUGUAAUUUUAAGCUAAGGGGCGAGGUUCCUUUUCUUUUUCUUUUUUUUUCUUGUCAGCGCAGUUUUUUUUUUUUUUUUUUACCAGUCUUGAAAACAUGCUAUGAAAAAACCAAACAGUAAGUAAGAGUUGCAGGCCGAACGAAGGUGUUUCAGACGGAACAGUUUGGGUGAAAAGAUCAGCGUCCCUGCAGGAUUGCAACCUUCAUCCAUGAUUUAAAAAAAUAAUUAUAAUAAUUUCCUUUAAAUCCAGUUCCUUUAUCUUCACUUCAGGAUCAUUUGAUCUCUCCACAAAAAGUCUUUUGUAUCUGUUCUCAGCUGAAAUUGGCUUUUUUAAAGAAUCGAUCAGAAAUCGAUAAGUAACACAAAUUGCGUAUUUUCAAAACUUGCGCAAAUGACAUAAACAUAUUUUUAGCUCUUAACGCAGGGCUGUCCAAAUUAAAAUCUCCUUAGAAUGGUAAAUGUUAGGUACAACAAAAAGUAGCUAUCUUUUAUUAGCAAGGUAUUUUUUUUUGUUGUUGUUGUUUGUUUUCCACUGAGUGCUUAAUUGAAUAGCAGAUUUGGGCACAUCCAUGCUGAAUAAAAAGCAUUUUUGAGAGAAAAACCAUUAUCCACUCCCCAGUCCUAUUGAUGAGAAUACAGUACAAGGUAAAACAAAUAUGUGGAGUUACACAGUGACAGCUAUAAUAUGCUGCUAAACUGAAACUAAAAGCCAAGCACAGAGCAUCUUCAAGUAAUUACCAGUCUGUGCAGCUCUAAUGUGCAAAUACAGGCUCUUUAUGUUAGCUGGAGCCACUAAGCAUCUGUUUAACCUAUAAAUUUACUGCUUUCUUCCUUGUGCACUCAACAUUAAUUUGCCUUUAAUCCAAAGCUGAUCCGUCUGCUGUGCCUCUAUGCAGAAAUGAAUGAAUGAAUGGAUGAAGGUAGUAUUCCUGCUCCGACCUGAAAUGUGCGUGACGUCACGUUUGCCCUUAGUCACCACCACGGUGAGUCGGGACUGAAAGACGUCCCGGUGGCUUUUUUUUAUUUAUUAUUUUAUAUAUUUUAGAAAAGUGACGAGGGGUUUGCGAGUUAAAGAGAGGGCAAGGUAAUGAGCUGUCAACAGGAAGAGAUGAAACAGGUGUAUUUUUAUUCAGGCGGAUCCUGAAGUGACAGACCAAAGAUGGAAAUUAACUGCUAAGUCAGACAGGUUGUUUUAUCACCUUUUUUUUUUUUUACCUGUCAGAGAAGGAAUAAGAAGCAAUAAUACGGAGGACUUUUUUUGUUUUUGUUUGUUUGUUUGAAAAGAUGAAAACCAAAGUCGGAACUUUUCGACCAUUAUACGUAGAUGGAGCGCGUGAUUUCUCUCCUCAAUAGACAGAUGCUGACUCAGGUGUCUCCAACAUGUCAGCUGGCACUGAAAGAUAAAUUAUUAAGGCCUUAAUGCACACCUGUGUGUCAAAGCAGGAAGACUGGCGUCUGAGUGCCAUGGUUGCUUUUAUACAAAUCGAGCAUUAUGAAGGAAGAAACCUAUAACUUCUAACCCUGCUGUGUGUGUGUGUGUGUUUAACACCCAGCGUAGCUUUCGGCAAAGAAUUAAAGUGAAUGUCACAAAUUUCCCAGAAGCUGAGACCAAAAGCGGCGGCAGCUGAGAAUGAGAGGAAUGUGUAGCUGGUCUUUAUGAGGGGAAAAAAAGGAUGCUUUGUCUCGUUUCUUUUCUUUUUUUUUUUUCUCUCUGAACGUGUCUGAGGCACUGAGCUGUAACCGAGCUGCUAAGGCCUCCUCUGUGGAUCUGAACCAUGUUCCAUUUUUGUCAGGGAAAUUACACAGAAAAAUGCACAGAGCUGCAGACGUUUGAGUAGAAAGCACUCCAAAUAUUUUUUUUUUAAAAAUGGUCAAACAACUCACCUUAUAGACAUUACCUUAAAAAAACCACACAAAAAAACAAGCUUUAAAGGUUUGGGGAAAUGAGCCGGUGAAAUAUGCAAACGCGGCGUCGACUGCUUCCUGUAUAUAAAAAUGUAUUACAUGUCGUAAGUCUUAACCUUAGGCGCUUUUUAUGUUGCAAAAUAAGACAGACUUUCUUGUAACAUUUUAAAGUGACUUUGAUCUGUAGUUCCCAGGCUUUGUGAAGGUUUUUCAAAAAAAAAGAAAAAAGUAUUUGAACUUGUGUUUCUUCAUGGUCCACUUUAGCAACAUCGCCCUGACCAGUGAAUCAUUCAGGCAUAAAAAAGCUCUGAAUUAUCUUCUGGUUCUCAGUGUUUAGUUCACAGGGCUGUUCGUUACCAGAAGCCAGGCAUAAAUACAUAAUGUUAUCCUCUUUAUUUAGUUAAAUUUAAGAAUCUUUGAUCCGCUUCUGUCAAAAUGGGCCUUACAGUUUUUUGGGGGUUUUUUUUAAUCAUCUUGUAAUGUCCUCAACUUCUCCCUCUGUUGCUUGCCAUUCUACGUGACGGCAACAACGCAGAUGUCUUCGAUUAAAGGCGGUUAUGGAUGCUAUUGAGUUUAACGCUCGCUGGAGGUCUUCACAAUUAAAUCCCAUCAUUAUCUCCACCUCACAGUCAGUCUGUCGGUUUAAUCAUAGCUGUCCUAGCUAUGUUAAAAACCUCUUUGUAGCCGACCAAUUAGAACUGGUUUGCAUCAGUAGCUCCAUCCUGAAGGUUUAGGGAAGUAGCAGAAGUCCGACAGGGUUUCUGUGCAGCACUGAAAAGUAUGCAAUUUGGUAUUAGCACUUUCCAUGACUGGAUAAGUAUGAAAUAAUUUAACUGAGUAUGGAAACACGUGUGCUUUAAGACUCUGUGUUCCCUAUCGCGGUAUAUGAACAUCAGACUUUCUUAAGAAAAGAAACCGUUCAAGGUGGUGUUUGAAUUGUUUCAGACUGUUUCACUCUUUCAAGGCCAUAAGUUGACUAUCUCAUUAUUUUGAUAAGCAAAAGCAUUUUUUUAAAUAACAGUAAGUGUCAUGAAAAACUGAAUAGUUUUCAUCUGAGAUAAUCUACAGAAAUAAUGCAUCUGUCUAUGAUGUUUUUAUUCUACCUUAUCCUUUUCUCCACAUAAAAAGAUGGAACUAUAACCUCAAGCUAAAGCUUGAAAUAACGACAUAAUUAAACCAUUGUGACAACAAAACUUACUGAGAUCUUGUCAUGGUGGUAGGAAUGGCUUAAUGUUAUGACAAAACCAGCUCUAUGGAGCAAAAGCGAGCUUAAUGUCUAUUUAGGACUUUGACAUUUCAAGAUAAUGGUAGUAAAAAACAUAAUUUCAUAAAGAAAGAAAUGCAAGCUAUUUCGACUUGGGAGUUGUUGACUGACAGCCAAGCAACCAAAGCACAUUCACAGUUUAAUAACUUUCUCAAACUUUCGUGGAAUUCACAGUUAUUGUGCAAAUCUGCAUCUUUUAAUGCUUACAACACCUUGAUACAAGACCUCAAACACACACAAUGCCCCACCGUGUAAAAUUUAUAAGAUAUUUGAAAAGUUGAUUUUGGAAAAGCCUGGAGUUUUGAAAUUGAAAUUGUGUACCAUUUCAUCACCAGUGCCAAUCUGGGUGGUACAUUCCCACCUAUGUAAUGUGCUUUUUUUUUUACCCUGGUAGAAGCAGUGGACACCUGGGGAGGGACCUUAAGGUGCCAGAAAACCUUCCUGAGCUGGAAUCAAAGAUAGUAUAGUCUGCUUGUCUUAUUCCUUUUCAGCAGCACAAUACACUCCCACAGAGAAAAGAAAUGAGUUAAAAAUGAUUGAAAAAGCAAAAGUAGCUGAAAUGCUGCAGAAGGCAGUUAAAAAGUUAUAAGAAAGUUUGGGAGCAAGAUGUUGAGAAAUAAAGGACGGUUAGUUAGUUUUCCAAAGACCAGCAGCUGGAUACUAGGUAUAAUGAGCGCGUGUGCAGCGAUGGGAACAUCCAUAAAACAUGGGAAGCAGCACCCUGAGGUGGACUGUGAAUGCUCCGCGCAGAAACUAGAUCCCUGAAACCGGUUUUGCUCAGAGCUUACAAAUAAAUCCAUCUUUUGGGGAACAUUUGCGUCUCCGCUUGUUGGCUUUAAACCACAUUUUUUAAACGUUGACCUAUGUUGACUAAGUGGAAGAAUCCAUAUUUAAUUUUGAUUUGAGUGAAACAUUGUAAUGAAAAUUCAUCACGGCAUCAUGUGAUUGUUGUUAUGCUUGAUUCUUUUUGUGAAUUUACCAGAAUGAUUGUCAGAUGUUUGUGUUGCAGUUUGUUUUUAUGCCCUUUUGGAUCUGAAAAAAAAAACUUUCUCUUGUAAUUUUGUUUUUUUUUUGUCUGUUUUAAUAUAACUUUAAAACACAUUGACUGACAACUAAACUUUAGUGCAAAAUGACAAGACAUGGCUGCUGGGAUCACCUGAACUACGUUUAUUUUUAGUAAUAGUUAAUUUCUUUAAAUGUAUAAAGCAAUCUGACCUUGAUUUA